UCGAAGACAAGUGAAGUACCAUGCAGGCCGUCCAAGUAGCCCUUCUACUGCUGUUCGCCGUUGGUGUCCUAGAGUGCGCUAACGAGAGGAAGGCUUUCCAGCGGCAUAUAGCUAACGUGAAUUUGUAUCCCUGUGGUGAUCCCCAGCCGAGGGUGUUCGAAGCCGAUAAGCUCAUAUCGAAGGACAUUUACGCAGAAGGGACCAUCAACCCAGCAGUCACAGUUCUGCACAGGUGUUUCAAUGCCGGAUGUUGUAAAAAGAAUACAGAGAGAUGCGCGCCGGCCCAUAUGGAGGAAGUGACAGUGACGUUUUCCGUUCUCCACAAGUAUCUCAAAUUCGUCGACGUCCAAUUGACUAAUCACACGCGAUGUACCUGUUCGAACACGUAUAACGAAAUUGACAACGCUAUAUCAUAAAAAGAAAUAAUAGCCUUGCUAUUAAUCUAUAUCGAUCUGUGAUACGUUUUUUAUUUUCCGUUAUUCCGUUGUUUGGUAUUUAUUUCAUGUAGAAUUAAACGAAUUUGUUUUUA